AUGACUCAAAACGCCCCCGAUAACCCACCAUCUUCUCACUCGAGCUAUGUGGGCCUAUCUUCAGAUACCUUCGAUUACAUGCAAGAACAGUUCGGUGGUGGUCGUCGAUGUGCAACACCACCUGUUGAGCUUACUCCUUCACGACUCAGGAGUAAGCUCAAGGCCACAGCACGUGAUGUUGGCCUUGUCAAAGGUGCAUCAAUCCGCCGCCAGGCCUAUGAAAACCUCACUCUGGGAGAUCAAGAUCCCGCACCUGUGCAGUCUGGUACAACGGACUUCACGCAUACGGUGGCAGACAGCACUUCAACAAACGAAACAUCAUCGCUAACAGGCCACCUCCAGGAUAUUUUUUAUGGCUCUAUGAGCCAGCAACCUGUGUGGAUGGAUCCCAACUCCUCUGACGCCUUUACCAUGAUGGGGACUACAUCUUUUUUACCUGGAGGAUCACAACAUCACCUCAUCACACAGGACAUGAACCGCUUAGCACCGCCUCCAAGUUUUAAUUUUCCUGCAAGUUCGUCAGGUCAAACAAUGGCUUCUCGUGCAUGUUCCCUAGAGCCUCACACUACAGGCCAAACACCUUCAGGAUUUACGCAGGAUUUUUCAGGCGAAGUCGCACCAUUCAUCCUUAGGCCUGUUCCGUCAUCAUCGCCUCAAGAUCAUGCACCUCCCCUCCCAGCAACAAACAUAAUUCCACCAACACCAUUCCAGAUUAACACUUCCACCUCGAUGAAUUCCAUUGGUGUGGCCACUGCUUUUCAUCAACGCUUUCCUGAAGAGCAUGAGCCAGUGACCCAUCAAGAGGGGCAUACUGUUACCGGGCGUAGGUCCGCAGAACUGAACACAGCACUCGAUGUAGGGUUUGCUGCAGUCGAGCGCUGCUUUCUCGACCUCUCGACAUCUACUACGCUUCCUGUUUCACAGUUGAUUAACUUGUUCUUGAAGAGUCGUGGACGCACCGUGAAUGGUACCAACUAUUGGAACUUGUACGCCAACUACUUCAAGGAGCAUAUAAAGACGGAACUUGCACGUAUUGGCCGAGAGGCCCCAGCCGGAGGUGGCACACCUAGUGCAACCGUGCGCACUCAAUGUUAUGACAAAUUCAAAGAGGCCUAUCCCGAUUCUUAUCAAGACCUUCUGUUAAUGCACGAGGAGGCGUUACUCCUUGGAUCGUCUACUCAAACAAUAGCUCAGCGUGGACAGGGAUUCCAGAAGCAUUAUCGAAGAGUAAUACAGAUUCUUGACUCUGCUUCCGCUAAGUGUGGCUUUGAAGCAGCCGUUGUCUUAUGUGGCAAAGUGGUCAAUGAAGACGGAUCACUUGGUCACUCGUAUAGUACGCCGGGUGCUGCAGGGAUACAGUCUGGAGCAUCAUUUGUUCCUCACAGUAUUGUUGUUUCUACAACGUCCUUGGCUGCGGUGGAUGAAGUGUUCCAUGACGAUACCCACAGCGACUCAUUGACCCCCCGCUCGACUUCGAACAAUGGUCGCGAUCAGUCUCAGGCUCCCGAAGGACGUGAUGAUGGUUUGAAGUGGAUUAAGCUCGAACUGAUCAAACAAGUUGCCCAGCUUGGGGGCAAGUGUGCCUGGGAUAAAAACUUCCCUUGGAAAGGCAUGGCCAGCGCGCUUGCUGAUGCCAAUCUCUGCAUUAGAGGGUAUCCAGCUGACAGGUGUCUCUUGCCUGGCGAAGCUCACAACAAGAACUCAAAGAACAAGGGUAUUGGGGCACUGACCCAGAAAGAAAUCGCGGUGCUUGUGGAGGCAUUGAAGUCAGGAACUAUGCAAGUUGUCAAAGUUGACAAGGUACAUCGAGCAUCUGUUAUGGCCUCCGAAAGGCCGGUCAUCACAGGCAUAGCGCCUCCCUCUGACUGGCCACAUGCCGGUGCUCGACGACUGUUUGUUAAUGGUGACACAGACUACCACGGCCCAGCUCGUCUUAAGCCCAGCAAUGCAGCUACCAAACCACCUGAUGAUGAUGACGAUGACAGUUCAGAUGAUGAUCAUCCAGUGGUACCUCCUGUUCAAAUCACUGCACCACCACCAAUACCACCUCCGUUUAAAGUCGUUGCACGACCACCCUCACGCCAAUUCAAAAUUGUUCCAAAGCCGGAACCGACUGCUGCACAUGAUGAGGUGAUUGAACUUACUUCGGCCGGAGAGAAUGUCGCCACAGAGCCUGACAGCGAGUAUGAAGAAGCACGUGGAAAGAAGAGAAAACUGAAGUCUAGGAAUACAUCGCAUGCAUCAAAGAAACCAGCCUCAUCCAACGAGAAGGCUGACGUGUCAAAAGUGGGGAGGAAAGUUGCACAUUCGAAGCAACCCAAAGCACCUGCCUUACCAACCUCAACGACUUCUCCAAUGAAGGGUGGCCCUCUGUCCCCAUUGACAGUGGGGUCAUCGAGUGUGGCGGCAUCACCAGAGCCUGAGGCUGGGGGGAAUGACAUGGGUAUACCCAUGGGUAUCUGUGGUGAUACCCCCACCCACACCCACCAAAAACCCACACCCACCUGGUGUAUAGCUGCAGCAGUAGCGUCACUUCAGGAUGGUCCUUCUAACGCGCACACAAAGGUAAAACCACGUCCAAUCACCAAGGAAUCCAAGGGUACAAUGAAACGUGCUCUUCGGAUGGCAUACAGCCACUCAGAUGGAUCUGAAGUGGACAAGGGUAAGAAGAUGGAUGUGGCUGUGAAGAGUGUUGUCCCCCCUGCUUUAGAUAAUGUCGCUGUGGAAACAGUACAGGAAGACUUGCCUUCAGAGGCUCGAACCACCAAUCCUAUUGAGGAGGAUCUUCACCAUAUCGUUCACGACCCUCGCGACCCUCCAGAUACCACACACCAAGCUCGUGAUGAGCUUCCUGUCCAUCAUAACCCUCCCAAGGGUAUCCAGCAAGGCUCCAAUGAGGCUGUCCAGCGAGACCCUCAUGAGGGUGACCCUAUACAUCACCCAUGGGAACCUCAACGUGAGGUUGUCCCUCUCCGCAAUCCUCACGAGCCUCGUCACAAUGUCCUCCAUGACCCUCGAGACAUUCCCCAUCACGCCCCUCGCGACAUCUUGCGUGACCCUUGUCAGCCUCUUCGCAGUCAUUCUCGUGAGCCGUGGUACAUGCACGAGGCUGUGCGUCGUCGUGAGGUCCAUCAUCUGCGUGAAGAUUCUCCAAUCAUUGAGCGUGAUGCUCUCCGCCCUCACGAUGCCUUCUAUCACCGUGACCAUCGCAAUCCCCGUUAUCCUAGUUUGCAACCUCACGACCGUUACGGAUCCAACGAGCCUCAUGCCAACAGUGACUUCACCACACGGGAUAGCUCUCCAGCCUUGGAGGUAUACCGUGAUGACCAUUAUGCUCACGGUGAGCGUGAACGUACAUACCCAGGUCGAUACAGCCCAGUACUUGGUCCUGAAUAUGCUCACGAAAGUGGAUACUCUCGACGUGAUGAUCUCGAUGAGCGCCGGGCAUUUGGUGGAGGAGCUUACCGUGAAAGCGGAUACCCUCCAAGAAGAACUCGUCACCUGGAUUCCAGAUGGAUGGAUCGUCGUAAUGCUCCAUCUUUGGACUAUGCUCAUCAUGAAGCUGUGCCGCGAUCAUUUAGUCGAGAUCCAGUUGACUCUCCGCGCCCUCCUUCAUCUUAA